AUGGCACCUGUUGAGAUGGCAGCAACAUGCUCACCGCUCAUUCAGACCACACUGCUCUCUUCAGUUCCACUGACCAAAGUUUCAGUGGGUACCAUGACAACGAGCACGGUCAUCAGUUCUACCUCAGCACGUAUGGGGGUGGAGGCGUCACUUGAGCAUGCUCCACGGAGUUCUACAAUGACAAUGACAUCAUCAGAACUGCUUUCUCAGCCCUUCUUGAAGCUCUCACCUCAAGCCACACCCACAACACCUGCUUCGCUCUCAAUAAAGCUCGAGUCACCUGGAUCAGCUCCUUCGUCGACGUCAGCCAGCUCCACCUCCGCACACUCUGCGGUGGAUACACCAGUGGCGGCUCCAGAGGGGGUACCCGCAUGCACAGUGCAGCUGUCCCAGAGUUUUGGCAGCCUGCUCCAGCAUCUGUCCUGCAUGCAACCUCAGAACACUGUGACUGUGGAUCAUGACUUGAGCACUCUAAGUGAAGCAUCUGCAGAACGUGUGCUCGAAACUCCUAUCACAAACAUCCCUGUCCAUGCAACAUCUGCACCAGUGACGCAGACCAGGUCUCACCCUCUCCAAGGGGUUGGAAAUCUGUCCUUUGCAACAGUGUACUGGAUGGGCAGUGUGCUCAUGUCCUUAACCAGGAAGGAGCUGGACAUUGACACGUUCAGACUGCCUCAUGAAGAUGCAACGCAUACUAAUGCAAAAAGGUUGCAGAACCUGUGGGAGGAUGAAGUGAAGAAGGUCGGUCUGGAAAAGGCUUCGGUUGGCAGAGUGAUGCUCCGCUCCCAGAGAAAGAGGCUGCUGUUGGCCACCCUGUGUUCUCUUGCCCAUCUCGCAACUGUGUUUCUUGCUUCAGGAAUCCUCAUCAAUGACUUCGUCAAGUAUCUGAACAAUGAAACGGCCACAUUGUUGCACGGUGGUAUUCUGUGUGUGAUCCUGGCCACACUGGUGAUGUCUAGAGUCUUCCUUCACUCAGCGUCUUCUACAAUUGGAAUACAGACAGCCGGCAGGAUGAAGGUAGCCUUCACUGCACUCGGCUUCCAGAAGAUCAUGAGUCUGAAGGGCAACAAAGACAUCUGUACUGGCAAGAUGAUUAAUGUUCUGAUCACCGAGAGUUACAAGCUGUAUGAACUGGCACUUUUUGCAGCUUUGAUGUUGCCUGCAUUACUGAUGUUCAUCAUCAUGACCAUUUAUGCCACCUACAUCCUAGGUUACUCUUUCCUUAUUGGUGCUGGUAUUGUCUGCAGCUUCGCUUUUAUGCAGAGUGUCUUGUCUAAAGUUUGUAGCUGGCUUUUGGGCAAAGUGCAUGUGAUCACUGACAGUAAAGGCAACACAAUAAAGGAGAUUCUGUCAUCUAUGAAGGCCAUCAAGAUGUAUGUUUGGGAAAAACUCUUCCAAGAGAAAAUUACAGGAAUACGUAACAAAGAAGCAAACAGUCUGACGAACGUGGUUUUCAUCCAGAACUACAAUGGAACAAUCGGUCCCAUGGUUCCCACCAUUGCUAUUGCAAUAACCUUCAUUCUCCACACACAGUUGGGCUACCCACUUAACAUCCACACCGGUUUUCCUGUCCUUGCUGUCAUGAACUGUGUGAAGAUCUUGUUGGCUCUGGUUCCUGCUGUGCUCAAGUUCUCCUCUGAAACUUCUGUGGCAAUGAAGCGCAUGAAGAGUAUAAUGCAGAUGAAAAACCCAGAGCCAUAUAUCCAGGUGGGCAACAAUGAGUCACCUGCAAUAAUCAUGGACAAUGCCACCCUGUCCUGGGAGGCACUUGACAAUGAUACUCAGUCCCAAACUGGAAGCUCUAGAAACCAACCAGCCCUAAGCAGAAUCUCCUUCAGCCUGCCAAAGGGCAAACUUCUGGGCAUCUGUGGGACUACAGGAUGUGGCAAAACCUCACUAAUCUGCAGCAUUCUGGAGCAGCUGCACCUGCAGCAGGGAUCAGUUUCAGUCAAUGGAACAAUUGCCUAUGCUGCCCAGGAGGCUUGGAUAUUCUAUGGAACAAUCAAAGAAAACAUUCUCAUGGGGGAACCCCUGGAUGAGGCCAGGUACAUCAGAGUUAUCCAUGCCUGUUGCCUAAAAACUGACCUGGACAAGUUGCCCAUGAAAGACAAGACCAUGUUGGAGGAGCAGGGUGCGAACCUGUCUGGAGGCCAGAAACAGAGGGUCAGCCUGGCCAGAGCACUGUACUCCAACAGGGACAUAUUUCUCCUGGAUGACCCACUGUCUGCUGUUGAUGCCCGUGUGGGGAAACAGAUCUUUGAGCAAGUCAUCAAGGAGGAGCUGAAGGACAAAACAGUCAUCCUGGUCACUCACCAGCUGCAGUACAUGGAGUUCUGUGAUGAGGUUCUAGUCCUGAAGGAUGGGACGGUGCUGCAGGCAGGGAGUCAUGAAGACCUGAUGACUGCUGGUGGAUAUUACUUUGAACUGGUCACCGAGCACCAGAAUAAACAGUACAAACCCCAGAAUGUGGAGCAGGGGGCGGAGCUUAACCGGCACCAGGAUGGAGCAGGAGCCAAUCCAGCUGACAGUUCUGAGGUGGAGAGAACCAGGGAAGGUCUGAUCAGCUGGACCACAAUCAGCCAGUACUUCCAGGCAGCAGGAGGGUUCUUUACAGUCUUCUUGAUCAUCAUCUUUGUUCUGAUGGUGGCAACCACAGCAACAACUUCCUGGUGGAUCAGCAACUGGUUGCAGCAAGGACACAGGGCUGUCAAUCUGACCUGUCCAGAGAACGUGACGUGUCCAGUGAAUGUGACUUAUCCAACUGAUGGGAAUGUGACUCUGAACCCUAACCUGCACUACUACCAGUGGGUCUGCGGUGUGCUACUCGCUGUCAUGAUGGCACUAACCAUCAUCAAAUCAAUCUGCUUUGUCAAGCUUGCAAUGUGUGCUGCAACCACACUCCAUAACAACCUGUUGAGUAAGAUCUUGAAGUGCCCAAUGAGUUACUUUGACACAACACCAACUGGGCAAAUCAUCAACUGUUUCACCAGAGACCAGGAUGAAAUGGACACCCUCGUACCUCACUUCAUGAACAUAUUCAUCAUGUAUUCUCUAACUAUCCUGAGUUCAGUCAUCAUGGCCCUUGUUCUUGCCUACCCAAACCCUUGGAUAUGGGUUACUGUAGGGACUAUAAUCCUCUUUUUGUUAUACUUCAGGAAACUAGAACGCAAAAUCCUGGAUGUGAUCUGUCAGCUCAAGAAAAAGGAAGGGGACAGCCGGUCAUUUUGCAUCUCUCUGUGCACAUCUGUUACACAGGGCCUCAGUACAAUUCAUGUGUAUAACAAGAAGGAUCACUACAUUGAUCUGUUCAAGAAGCUGAGUGACACAAACAUCAACCACCAGUUGUUGCUUGGCUACGGCUCACGGUGGUGCUGCACUGUGUUGGACUUUGGUGCAGGAAUUUUGGCAGUGGGGAUCACAACAGCUGUGUUACUGUUUCCUUACAAUAGCAGUGUUGCCAUGAAAACCCUUGCCUUGAUCUAUGCUGGACAGUUGACUGGCAUGUGUCAAUACUGGAUCUCCAACCUGGUGGAGAUGAUGGCCCGGUUCAGUUCAGUGGAGCGUAUCCUGGAGACCACUGCGCAUUGUAGGCCAGAAUCUGGACCAGAGAUAGAACAAACUCCAGUCCCAGAUGACUGGCCUCAGGCUGGCGCAAUCACCUUCAGGAACUACACGAUGAAAUACAGGCCCUGUAAACCCAUCGUCCUCCAUGAUCUGCAGCUCCACAUUGGUGCCAAGGAGAAGCUUGGCAUUGUGGGAAGGACAGGCUCUGGCAAGUCAUCCCUGGCUGUGGCUCUCUUCAGGCUAGUAGAACCAACUGCAGGACAUAUUGUGAUAGACGGCAUUGACAUCACCACAAUCAGCCCAACUGACCUCCGCAACAAACUGUCAUUCAUCCCCCAACAUCCAGUCCUGUUCACUGAGACGGUCAGGUUUAACCUGGAUCCCUUCAGCAGAUACAGUGAUGAAGAGAUCUGGGCAGCUCUGGAGAAGACCCACAUGAAGAACAAAAUUGACAGUCUGGAGGGAAAGCUGCAGGCUGCUGUGAAAGUAAAUGGAGAAAACUUGUCUGGAGGUCAAAAACAGCUGCUGUGUUUGGCGAGAGCUCUGUUACAGCACGCAAAGAUUAUAAUCUUGGAUGAAGCAACAGCAUCAAUUGAUGAAGAGACAGACAGCUACAUCCAACAUGCUAUAACUGAGACCUUCCAGGACUGCACCGUACUCACAAUCGCACACAGACUCAACACAGUGAUGCAGUCAGACCGCAUCCUGGUCAUGGACAGUGGACGGGUGGCGGAGUUGGACCAUCCAGACAUACUGAAACAAAGACUGGACUCACACUUCGCAUAUCUGCUGACAGCAAACACAGUGUAA